AUGUUACGGUGGUACCAGGCUAAGCUCGCAAAGCAGCCCAUUCUCACAGCCAGUGUUACCAGCGCUCUAACCCCUUGCCCCUUUAAGGUGCUUUUCGGCGCUGGUGAUGCUUUAGCGCAGCAGGCAGUUGAGCGCAGAGGCCUCGAGAAGCAUGAUUUCGCCAGAACAGGGCGUAUGACUUUUUACGGUGGUGCUAACGCCGAUCAAGCUGUCUUUGGACCGGUCGCCACGCUUUGGUUUCGGUUUUUGCAGCGCAACAUCGCUUUAAAUAAUCCGAAAGCAACAAUUAUUGCUCGUGUAGCGGCUGAUCAAUGUCUCUUUGCGCCGGCUCAUCUUACCUUCUUCCUGUCGUCAAUGGCCAUCAUGGAAGGCACAGAUCCUGUGGCGAAGUGGAAGCAGAGUUUCGUCCCAGGCUACAAAGCUAAUCUCGCGGUUUGGCCUUUAGUCCAGGGCAUUAACUUUGCUUUUGUGCCCCUGGAGCUGCGUGUGCUCGUAGUCAAUGUUAUAAGCUUGGGUACUUACCGUUCUUCUCCGUCUCACCCAACAUUGCUGACUUGUCCAUCAGGUUGGAACUGCGUUCUGAGCGUGAUUAACAGCGGCGGUAAAUAG